GCGCUUGCUAUAUAAGCCAGCCAAAGCUGGCUGCACCGGCCACAGCCUGCCUACUGUCACACGCUCUCCCGCGCAGGCACACAUCCCGCCGUCCUCCGCACAAAGGCAGCGAGGCUCAGGGUGACCGGGGCAGUGUCUGCUCACACCCCGGUACUUGUUCCAUGGAGCUGCUUCGCUCAAGGAUCUAGUCUUUCUCAACUCCGGAAAGUUUUCUGAUGAUUAUCGUUGAAGGGCGUCUUACAAUCAUAAGAAGAACCACAAGGGCUAGUCCCAUCACACUCUGUUACUGACAGGCUGAGACCUGCAAACAGCAACCCCUUUCCCCUACUGCCUGGCUGCUCUUGCAGAAGAGGAUUUCUUCAAGAAGACCGGGAACAACUGGUUUGGAUUCUACUCCCCAUUUCCAAAUCCCCAAUUCUGCCUAAGAGUGAGACACCCUAGGACGCAGACCCCCUGAGAACAUUCAGCCAAACCCUCCUCCACCAUGGGGGUCGUGACUCGGCUGCUGGUGGGCACCUUCCUGGCUUCGCUCGCCCUCCCUGCCCAAGGCGGCGUCCUCAAGAAGGUCAUCCGACACAAGCGACAGACGGGGGUAAAUGUCACCCUCCCAGAGGAAAGCCAGCCGGUGGUGUUUAAUCAUGUCUACAACAUCAAGCUGCCCGUGGGGUCCCAGUGCUCAGUGGAUCUGGAAUCAGCCAGCGGGGAGAAAGACUUGGCCGCGCCGUCAGAGCCCAGCGAAAGCGUCCAGGAGCACACAGUGGAUGGGGAAAACCAGAUCGUCUUCACGCAUCGCAUCAACAUCCCCCGCCGGGCCUGUGGUUGUGCCGCCGCACCGGAUGUCAAGGAGCUUCUGAGCAGACUGGAGGAGCUGGAGAACCUGGUGUCUUCCCUGCGGGAGCAGUGCACCUCGGGUGCAGGCUGCUGCCUCCAGCCUGCCGAAGGCCGCCUGGACACCAGGCCCUUCUGCAGUGGCCGGGGCAACUUCAGCACUGAAGGAUGUGGCUGUGUGUGUGAACCUGGCUGGAAAGGCCCCAACUGCUCUGAGCCAGAAUGUCCAAGCAACUGUCACCUUCGAGGCCAGUGCGUGGACGGGCAGUGUGUGUGCAAUGAGGGCUUCACUGGGGAAGAUUGCAGCCAGCUGGCCUGUCCCAGCGACUGCAAUGACCAGGGCAAGUGCGUGAACGGCGUCUGUGUCUGCUUCGAAGGCUACUCAGGAGUGGACUGCAGCCGAGAGAGCUGCCCGGUGCCCUGCAGCGAGGAGCACGGCCGGUGCGUGGACGGCCGGUGCGUGUGCCAGGAAGGCUUUGCCGGCGAGGACUGCAAUGAGCCCCUGUGUCUCCACAACUGCCACGGCCGUGGACGCUGCGUGGAGAAUGAGUGCGUGUGCGACGAAGGCUUCACGGGCGAGGACUGCGGCGAGCUCAUCUGCCCCAAAGACUGCUUCGACCGUGGCCGCUGCAUCAACGGCACCUGCUACUGCGACAAGGGCUUCGAGGGCGAGGACUGCGGCCGGCUCGCCUGCCCCCACGGCUGCCGUGGCCAUGGCCGCUGCGAGGAGGGCCAGUGCGUGUGUGAUGAGGGCUUCGCCGGGGCGGACUGCAGCGAGAGGCGCUGUCCCUCUGACUGUCACAACCGCGGCCGCUGCCUAGACGGGCGCUGCGAGUGCGACGACGGCUUCGAGGGUGAGGACUGCGGUGAGCUCCGCUGUCCCGGAGGCUGCAGCGGCCACGGGCGCUGCGUCAAUGGGCAGUGCGUGUGCGACGAGGGCCGCACCGGGGAAGACUGCAGCCAGCUGCGCUGCCCCAACGACUGUCACGGCCGCGGCCGCUGCGUGCAGGGACGGUGCGAGUGCGAGCACGGCUUCCAGGGCUACGACUGCAGCGAAAUGAGCUGCCCCCAUGACUGUCACCAGCACGGGCGCUGCGUGAACGGCAUGUGCGUCUGUGAUGACGGCUACACGGGGGAGGACUGCCGCGAGCUGCGCUGCCCUGGGGACUGCAGCCAGCGGGGCCGCUGCGUGGAUGGGCGGUGCGUGUGUGAGCACGGCUUCGCCGGCCCCGACUGCGCAGAUCUCGCCUGCCCCAGCGACUGCCACGGCCGGGGCCGCUGUGUGAACGGUCAGUGCGUGUGCCACGAGGGCUUCACGGGCAAAGACUGCGGGCAGCGAAGGUGUCCUGGCGACUGCCACGGCCAGGGCCGCUGCGUGGACGGCCAGUGCGUGUGCCACGAGGGCUUCACAGGGCUGGACUGUGGGCAGCGCUCCUGCCCCAACGACUGCAGCAACUGGGGGCAGUGUGUCUCCGGCCGCUGCAUCUGCAACGAGGGCUACAGCGGAGAAGACUGCUCCCAGGUGUCCCCUCCCAAAGACCUCAUCGUGACAGAGGUGACGGAAGAAACCGUAAACCUGGCCUGGGACAAUGAGAUGCGGGUCACAGAGUACCUCAUUGUGUACACGCCCACCCAUGAGGAUGGCCUGGAAAUGCAGUUCAGAGUCCCUGGAGACCAGACGUCCACCACCAUCCGGGAGUUAGAGCCUGGUGUGGAGUACUUCAUCCGUGUGUUUGCAAUACUGGAGAACAAGAAGAGCAUUCCUGUCAGCGCCAGAGUGGCCACUUACCUGCCUACACCUGAAGGUUUAAAAUUCAAGUCCAUCAAAGAGACAUCUGUGGAAGUGGAGUGGGAUCCUCUGGACAUUGCUUUCGAAACGUGGGAGAUCAUCUUCCGGAAUAUGAAUAAAGAAGAUGAGGGAGAAAUCACCAAAAGCCUUCGGAGGCCAGAGACCACAUACCGGCAAACUGGCCUCGCUCCUGGGCAAGAGUAUGAGAUAUCUCUGCACAUCGUGAAAAACAACACCCGGGGCCCCGGCCUGAAGAGGGUGACCACCACUCGUUUGGAUGCCCCCAGCCAGAUCGAAGUGAAAGAUGUCACGGACACCACCGCUCUGAUCACCUGGUUCAAGCCCCUGGCCGAGAUCGACGGCAUCGAGCUCACGUAUGGGAUCAAAGACGUGCCGGGCGACCGCACCACCAUCGACCUCACACAUGAGGAGAACCAGUACUCCAUCGGGAACCUGAAGCCGGACACGGAGUAUGAGGUGUCGCUCAUCUCCCGUAGGGCCGACAUGUCCAGCAACCCUGCCAAAGAGACCUUCACAACAGGUCUGGAUGCCCCCAGGAAUCUCCGCCGCAUCUCCCAGACAGACAACAGCAUCACCCUGGAGUGGAGGAACGGCAAGGCAGCCGCCGACACUUAUAGAAUUAAGUACGCGCCCAUCUCUGGAGGUGACCACGCCGAGGUUGAAGUCCCCAGGAGCCCACAAACCACAACCAAGGCCACACUCACAGGUCUGAGGCCAGGAACUGAAUAUGGGAUUGGAGUGUCUGCUGUGAAGGGGGACAAGGAGAGUGACCCAGCCACCAUCAACGCGGCCACAGACUUGGACCCGCCCAAGGACCUUCGGGUUUCUGACCUUAAGGAGAGCAGCCUGACCCUGCUCUGGAGGACGCCGUUGGCCAAGUUUGACCGUUACCGCCUCAACUACGGUCUGCCCUCGGGCCAGCCAGUGGAGGUGCAGCUGCCCAGAAACGCUACCUCCUACAUCCUGAGAGGUCUGGAGCCCGGGCAGGAAUACACCAUCCUCCUCACAGCAGAGAAGGGCAGGCACAAGAGCAAGCCCGCACGGGUCAAGGCAUCCACAGACCGCAUCCCUGAACUGGAAAACCUCACCGUCACUGAGGCUGGCUGGGAUGGCCUCAAACUCAACUGGACCACAGCUGACCAGGCCUAUGAGCACUUUGUCAUUCAGGUGCAGGAGGCCAACGGGGUGGAAGCAGCUCAGAACCUCACGGUGCCCGGUGGCCUGCGGGCUGUGGAUGUUCCGGGCCUCAAGGCCGCCACCCCCUAUAGAGUCACCAUCUAUGGGGUGAUCCAGGGCUAUAGGACACCAGUGCUCUCUGCUGAGGCCUCCACAGGAGAAACUCCCCACUUGGGAGAGGUCACGGUGUCCCAGGUGGGCUGGGAUGCCCUCCAACUCAACUGGACAGCUCCGGAAGGAGCCUAUGAGCAGUUUCUCAUUCAGGUGCAGGAGACGGACACGGCGGAGGCAGCCGAGAACCUCACUGUCCCAGGAGGACUGAGGUCCGUGGACCUGCCUGGGCUCAAAGCAGGCACUCACUAUAGCAUCACCAUCCGUGGGCUCACGCGGGACUUCAGCACAGUCCCUCUCUCUGUUGAAGUCCUGACAGAGGAGGUUCCAGAUCUGGGGAACCUCACGGUGACGGAGGUUAGCUGGGAUGCCCUCAGACUGGACUGGACCAGCCCAGAAGGGAUCUAUGAGCAGUAUGUCAUUGAGGUCCAGGAGGCUGACCAGGCCAAAGAAGCUCACAGCCUCACGGUUCCUGGCAGCCAGCGCUCCAUGGAAAUCCCAGGCCUCCGGGCUGGUACUCCUUACACAAUCACCCUGCAUGGCGAGGUCAGGGGCCACAGAAGUCCACCCCAGGCCGUGGAGGUCACCACAGCGGAGCUCCCCCAGCUGGGAGACUUAGUCGUAACUGAGGCUGGCUGGGAUGGCCUCAAACUCAACUGGACCGCGGCUGACCAGGCCUAUGAGCACUUUGUCAUUCAGGUGCAGGAGGCCAACAGGGUGGAAGCAGUUCAGAACCUCACGGUGCCCGGUGGCCUGCGGGCUGUGGAUGUUUCGGGCCUCAAGGCCGCCACCCCCUAUAGAGUCACCAUCUAUGGGGUGAUCCGGAGCUAUAGGACACCAGGGCUCUCUGCUGAGGCCUCCACAGCUGGAGAACCGGAAAUUGGAAACCUCAGUGUUUCCGACGUCACUCCUGAGAGCUUCAGUCUCUCCUGGACAGCUACCGAGGGGGCCUUCGAGACCUUUACCAUUGAAAUUAUUGAUUCCAAUAGGUUCCUGGAGACGAUGGAAUAUAAUAUCUCUGGUGCUGAACGAACUGCCCAUGUUUCAGGGCUCCGCCCCGGUAAUGAUUUCAUUGUCUACCUCUCUGGCCUCGCUCCCGGCAUCCAGAGCAAAACCAUCAGUGCCACAGCCACCACAGAGCCAGAGCCACAGCUGGGCACGCUAAUCCUUAGCAAUAUAACUCCUGACAGCUUCAACGUGUCAUGGACCACUCAGGCUGGGCCCUUUGCAAAGAUCGUUAUCAAUGUUAGCGACUCUCACUCGCUGCAUGAGCCCCAGCAGUUCACGGUCUCAGGAGACGCGCAGCACGCUCACGUCACGGGCCUGCUGGAGAACACGGGCUAUGACGUUAGUGUGGCAGGGACCACCUGGGCUGGGGACCCCACCAGAGCCCUCACUGCCUUUGUCGUGACAGAGGCCCUGCCCCUUCUGGAAAACCUAACCAUUUCCGACAUUAAUCCCUACGGGUUCACAGUUUCCUGGAUGGCAUCAGAGAAUGCCUUUGACAGCUUCCUAGUAACGGUGGUGGAUGCUGGGAAGCUGCUGGACCCCCAGGAAUUCACACUUUCAGGAACCCAGAGGAAGCUGGAGCUUAGAGGCCUCAUAACCGGCAUCGGCUAUGAGGUUAUGGUCUCUGGCUUCACCCAGGGGCACCAAACCAAGCCCUUGAGGGCUGAGAUUGUUACAGAAGCCGAGCCGGAAGUUGACAACCUUCUGGUUUCAGAUGCCACCCCAGAUGGUUUCCGUCUGUCCUGGACAGCUGAUGAAGGGGUUUUCGACAGUUUUGUUCUCAAAAUCAGAGAUACCAAAAAGCAGUCUGAGCCACUGGAAAUAACCCUACUUGCCCCCGAACGUACCAGGGAUAUAACAGGUCUCAGAGAAGCCACUGAAUACGAAAUUGAACUCUAUGGAAUAAGCAGUGGAAAGCGGUCCCAGCCAGUCAGUGCUAUAGCGACAACAGCCAUGGGCUCCCCAAAGGAAAUCACUUUCUCAGACAUCACUGAAAACUCAGCCACUGUCAGCUGGAUGGUACCCACUGCCCAGGUCGAGAGCUUCCGGAUCACCUAUGUGCCCAUUACAGGAGGUGCCCCCUCAGUGGUAACUGUGGACGGGACUAAGACUCAGACCAGGCUGCUGAAACUCUUACCUGGAGUGGAGUACCUGGUCAGUGUCAUUGCCGUGAAGGGCUUUGAGGAAAGCGAGCCUGUCUCCGGGACGCUCACCACGGCUCUGGAUGGCCCAUCUGGCCUGGUGACAGCCAACAUCACCGACUCGGAAGCCUUGGCCAUGUGGCAGCCGGCCAUCGCCCCCGUGGAUCAUUAUGUCAUCUCCUACACAGGGGACAGAGUGCCAGAAAUUACCCGCACGGUGUCUGGGAACACGGUGGAGUACGCGCUGACCAACCUCGAGCCUGCCACUGAAUACACGCUGAGGAUCUUUGCAGAGAAAGGGCCCCAGAAGAGCUCAACCAUCACCACCAAGUUCACGACAGAUCUCGAUCCUCCAAGAGACCUGACUGCUACAGAGGUUCAGUCGGAAACAGCCCUUCUCACCUGGAGACCUCCCCGGGCAUCCGUCACCGGUUAUCUACUGGUGUAUGAAUCUGUGGACAGUACACUCAAGGAAGUCGUUGUGGGUCCAGAGACCACCUCUUACAGCCUGUCAGGGCUGAGCCCAUCCACCCACUACACGGCCAGGAUCCAGGCACUGAAUGGGCCCCUGAGGAGCAAGAUGUCCCAGACCGUCUUCACCACAAUCGGACUCCUGUACCCAUUCCCCAGGGACUGCUCCCAAGCAAUGCUGAAUGGUGACACGACCUCUGGCCUCUACACCAUUUACGUGAACAACGACAAAGCCCAGAAGCUGGAAGUCUUCUGUGACAUGACCUCUGACGGCGGUGGAUGGAUCGUGUUCCUGAGACGCAAAAACGGACGCGAGGAUUUCUACCGAAACUGGAAGGCCUACGCUGCUGGAUUUGGGGACCUAAAAGAAGAAUUCUGGCUUGGACUGGACGCGCUGAGCAGAAUCACAGCCCAAGGGCAGUACGAGCUCCGGGUGGACCUGCGGGACCACGGGGAGACAGCCUAUGCUGUCUAUGACAGAUUCAGCGUGGGAGACGCCCGGACUCGCUACAAGCUGAAGGUGGAGGGGUACAGCGGGACAGCAGGUGACUCCAUGGCCUACCACAACGGCAGAUCCUUCUCCACCUUCGACAAGGACACGGACUCAGCCAUCACCAACUGCGCCCUGUCCUACAAGGGGGCUUUCUGGUACAAGAACUGCCAUCGUGUCAACCUGAUGGGGAGAUAUGGGGACAACAGCCACAGUCAGGGUGUCAACUGGUUCCACUGGAAGGGCCACGAAUAUUCAAUCCAGUUUGCUGAGAUGAAGCUGAGACCCAGCAACUUCCGGAAUCUGGAAGGCAGGCGCAAACGCGCGUAAAUUCCAGGGACAACUGGGUGAGAGGAGUAAGGCUCAGAGAAAGAAAAUAAUUUUACCAAAGCUUUGAUGCAACCAGUCCGACCAUCCCGCCACACCUGGGCAUUUGGCAGAAGUUAAAGGUGACAUGGACCGCUGGGGCCGGCGGCAGCAGCACUGGCCUCGCCCACCCUGCAAGUACUUCCUUCAACACCAAAGACCACAGCGUCCAACAGGUUCCUAUUUUGUUGUUUGAUUCAGCAAAAAUCUCCCGGUGACAGCAUCACAAUGAUUUUCCUUCUCUUGGGUGGCUCUGGGAAUGGGAGUGGGGUAGGCUGUACAGUGUAGUUUGUUUAGAACCAGCCGUAUUUUACACAAAGCUGUAUAAUUAAUUAUCGGUAUUUUUGUUAGCAGUGAUUUCGUGUGUGUCCCGAAGCCGUCCCUUUUUUUUACAUUUCAGAAAAGCAAUACUGUUUCGAUUUUUAAGGAUGUGAUUAAUAUUAUUAAUAUAAUAAUAAUGAUGAUGAUGUAAACUAAGGAUUUUUAAAGACGUCCUCCUUUCCAAAACACAUCUGGACAGUACCUGAUUGUAUUUUUUUUUUUUAAUAAAAGCACAAGUACUUUUAAAUUGG